CUUCCCUCCAGGAGGACAGCAGUGUGUGUGUGUGUGUGUGUGUGGCCCAGCCCACUGUUACAGAACACUUCCCCUGAUUUCUUUGAGGAGGCUUUGGCUGGCAGGAUCCCUGACAUUGGUGUCGAUCUCUGGCUGCCUGCUGUCUCAAGCCAUGGCUGCACAGCUUGUUGUAGCUCUGCUGGCUCUCACCUCCCUGGGUGCCGCAUCUGAACUCGACUGUAAAGAGCUGGUUAAGCCUCUGGUACUGGACAGCCACAGCCCCAUCUAUGGGAAGUGGGUGCUUCAUGUGGGGUCGUGGGACCAGCCAGACCUGAGGACUGACUUGGCCACGGUGAAUAGCUCCUGGGUGGAACUGUCAGCUUCCUCAGACAGCGACGUCAUCACCAUCUACUGGGCCGACCGUCUAAAUGAUGACAAAUGCCUUCAGGGCGAGGCCAACGGCACCAUCUCAGGAAUGACCAGUCACACCACUUUUAUCAUCAAUGGUCACACUUCAUAUCAUGAUGGGAAGUAUUAUGAGACCUGCGCCGACUGCCUACUGUCCGAAGACACCACCCUCCUCCCUGAUGGCAAAUCAAAGGGGCGAUAUCUUUUUCUCUUUACACGGACCGGCAGUCUGGAGCCAUCUGAACUAGAGACCUUCAAGAAGCAGGCAGAGUGUCUUAAAUUUCUCCCGGAGUACCUCUUCUUAGGCACAGAUCUGUGUCCAGAUGACAGGCAAACUGCUUCACCUGCUGUCGAGAACACAGAGGGUGAACAAACGGAUACUCAGCCUGCUGCAAAGUAAAGCAGAGCACAGAAGUGUCAUAGCCCUGUGACCAGCCUCCAAACACCCAAACAAAUCCAGCUGAACAUGUACUAAAUUGUGUUGUAAUGUGAUUCACUUGUGCUUUGAUGUAGUCUUGUGUUGUGAAAUAAUUUUUCAUUUGUCGUCCAGUUGGUUUCAGCAACAAAGCAACAAAGUUCAAGGUGUCUUGUCAUGUUAGGUCCCUAGUUUAGUUUAUUAAUCCACUUAAAUGUCUCCUUUUCAUGCCUUCACUAUUUUCCACUGGCUGUGUGUGGUAAAUAAAAACAGUUCUCAGUC